UUUGAUUUCUAACAAUAUACAUAAAAACCUAGGAGUAGACAACAAACAGAAAUUGCGAAAUCGUUCAGCAAAAGCUGAGGCAUUACAGGGAGCAGCAGCAUGGCUGACAAGAAGUGUAUUGUAGUUCUGGUCGUGAUCGGGGCACUUGUCAUUAUGACAAUAUCUCUGAUUGCCACAUCUUUGAAGAAACUGGCCUCUGACGAGAUUGGAAUUAAAUAUGACACCAUCAACAAGGACCUUGGGGACUCCACUCUGAGGGAAGGCCUACAUAACGGACCGCCAGGGUUUGAAUUCAUCAUUUUCCCUAGUGUCUACAAGUCACUGGAAUUCUCCCAAAGGUGCCUUAAUAAAGAUGGUGUGCAGAUCAAACUGGAUGUGACUUACCAGUACAAAGUUCGCUCGGCCAAUUUACGCACGGUGAUUUUAAACUUCAGGAACUUCACAGGCUACAAGAAGGUCCUCACUUAUGCAGGUGAGGCAGCUCUCCACGAGGCAUGCAGCUACUUCAACACUUCACAGUUCCAGAGUCAGAGAGCCGAAUUCCAGGAGUUUGUCCGCACUAAGAUCAUUGAGAGAUAUGACCUCCUGUACGCGGACAUCACGGACUUACAGGUUAGCAACAUUGAAAGGCCCGCUGAAUAUGAGAGUGCCAUCAGGAGUAAGGAGCGAGCUAGGGAGGACAUUCAGGUAGCACUAAAUGAGAGGCCUAGGUUACUGACAGAGGCGGAAACAGAAAAACGAGAAGCAGAAACUCAGGCGGAAAUCAUAAAAGACAAAGCAGAAUCAGAUGCAAGGAUUCUCAGCAAUAGGGCCAAAACUGAAGCUGAAGCGAUCUUGACUCAAUAUCAGAAGGAGGCUGAAGCUUACAAGCAGAUCAUCGAGGCCUCGGGCCUUGGAUUCACAGUAGAGGGUUUCAUCUCGUACCUUGGGGUGCGAGUGAUUGCUGAUGCUAAGAACCCAGUCUACAUUGGACUACAGAGUCCGGCCAAGUCGUCCUAUAAUUAGAUACUUAAAACUUCCAAAAUUGCUCAGUAUCAUUUACUGUGGAAUCAUUAAAAUUCACCGCAGCUCAAUUUUUGUGGAUAUGUGGAUCUCCUUCAUCCACAUACAUCCUCAACGAAUUAUUAAAUACAGUAUUCAUUUGUUAAUCAUACAAUUAAAUCUUAAAAACUUUAUUCCAUGGAAAUUGGUCUUGAUGAAAUUUAAUGAUCUCCCAGCAUUUGAUGUUAAGAUAUCCAAUUGUAACCUUAGACCUUUCAUUUUGUUAAAACAAAAAAUAUUGAUAUUGAUAAUUUUGUAGACUCUAUUUAUUAACGAAACUUUAUCAAAAUUUAUCUAAUAGUUUUGACUGUCUCUGUGUUUAAAUGGAUUGCAAAGGUUGAUUCAGGUUUGCCUCAUAAAUUACCAGUAAAAGAAUGUGCCAAUAUCCAUGAAUCUAUGAAAUAAGAAUUUUGAUCUUUUGAUUAUUACAAAUUACUCAAAAAAUUCAUCUGAGUUUACAAUAUGAGCUGUACAAAUGUCUAUGAAUGUAGUUAGUGUAUAUCUUAUUACUGAUAGAAAAUAUUUUUACAUUUUUAUAAAAGCAUCAGGAAUGAACCAAAAAUGAUAGUUGUUGUUUAUAACCUGUGAGCUUUAUUUUGUUAUUUUGUGCAUGUUAUUGUGCAUGUUAUUGUGCAUGUUAUUUGGACAUUAGUAAUAGUCUGCUUUAACUUUAUGCAAGAGAUUUAUAGAAAAUUUUAGAAUUUGAAUUGUAAAUUGGUUCAGCUUUUAUCCAUAUGUAAGUACUGGUAGCAAUUGUAUUAAUACUCGUCCUCAACACACACAACUUUUGUAUCAAACUAGUUGAACUUAGUGAUGUAUUCUGCAGGUUUUUUUUUUGUGGUACAUACUUUUUUGUCUACCAUAAUGUUGUACUUUAUCAUGUCUAGCCUUACAAUGCAUGCUUUAUUUAUCUACCUGUAUUUGUAUUUGACUUAUCUUCAUGUCUUUUAUGGAUACUUUUCUUGACUUAUGUUGUCUGUUACCUCCUAUUAUCUGACUUCACCCCUUGACUGGCUUUUUUUUAAUCAUUUUAACGAUAUGUUUAUGAUGUACUGAUGUUGUCUUAAUUAUUACAGUGCUACUCUUUAAAUGAUUCUAUCUCUCUCUCUUCAGUUUCAAAUGUUUUACAUAGACUUGCAUCUGAAUCAAAUCAAGUUAUUGAAAACAGGGUGUUUUUAAUUAUACUUAAUUGUUAAAAUACUAUAUUAUAUAAUUUUCUCCUUGCUAACCUACUGAUUGAAUUAUUUCUUUCUUCUUUUUUUAAAAAAAAACGUUGGCAGUGUUUCAUUUGCAUUGGUAAUAAAUUUAUAUCCUUAGGUGAUGUCUUCAG